AUGGCGAGUAAGUUUCAAGCCUCAGAUGACUUUGACGACCAGUUCCUGACGUGCCCAGUCUGUGUGUUACACUUCCGGGAUCCCAGAAUCCUGCCAUGUCUGCACACAUUUUGUAAGGGGUGUCUGGAAGAAUGGGUCACCAAACAACAGCCGCUGGAGUGUCCAACCUGCCGCACACAGGUCAGUCUACCAGACCAAGGUGUGGACGGACUCAGGGCCAACUUCUACGUCAACAACCUGCUGGACUUCGCGGCGGCCAAGAAAGGGGCGGAGCCGGGCGUGCCGUGCCAGGUGUGCGAGGGAAAUAUGGAGGGAUCAAAGUCUUGGUGUGCGGACUGCGCCAUGUUGAUGUGUGACUCUUGCACACUGUUACACCGAAAGUUUCCAUCUUCGAAAGAUCACGAAGUCACCACAGAAGAGACUCUAAAGGCAGAGGAGGGUAGAAGCAAAUUUCAUCGCAAACGACACUGCGACAAACACAAGAAGUAUGAACUGGAAUUCUACUGUGAGGUCUGCAAGACUUUGGUCUGUACCGCAUGCACCGUGGUCGACCAUCGGCCGGGCAAAGAUCACAAUCUGGUAGAAAUCGCUACCGUUGCUCAGAGAAAGAAAGAUACGCUACAAGGACUGCUGCAAGACAUAGACCCGCGUCUGAAGGAAAUAGAGGCCUCUGUCAAGGAAGUUGAAAGAAAUAUGUCAAACUUAAUGCCUUCGAGAGAAGAAGCCACAAACCAAGCCAACGCAUAUUUCAACAAACUUGUUGACCUUCUGCGAGAGCGUGAAAAGCAAUUCGUCAUCCAGAUUGACGAACAAUGCCGAGCCGACGGCAAAGCUCUACAGACAAAGAAGGAAGCGAUAGAGUUCGAGUUGGUCGGACUGACGAGUGCACGAACGUUCUGUCAACAAGCUGUAGAACACGGAAGUGACGUACACGUUGUGGAGCCGGACUGUAUGAAACAUCCACUCGGAGUUGCAGUUCUGCAGGACGGCCGCAUGGUGGUGGCGGACAACAAACAGAAGUCGUGUCUCCUCCUUCAGCCUGACGGCAGCCUCAUCCGGGAGAUCGGCAAGGGGCAGUUACGCAGCCCGUACUUCGUGUCGGUAGACGAGUCGCGUGAUGUGUUGUUCGUCACAGACAACAGCGCACACAAAGUAUUCGCGUUCAACCUUGGCGGGAAAUUGUUGUUUGACUUUGGCAAGCAAGGGGACAAUGAUGGCGAGAUGAAAAAUCCCCACUGCGUAAGGGUAGACCCGGCAGGUAACGUCAUUGUGGGUAACGCCGGUGACGGCCGUGUGCAAGUGUUUCGUCCUGACAGGACUUUUAAACAGAAAGUGGCAACAGUUGAAGGUGGCUAUGCUAGUGGAAUCGCUCUUACUCCUGAUGGUAACAUAGUUGUGGCAUGCUCCCAGGGACAUUGUAUGGAAAUUUACAUGUACAAGUGA